UUGUUUCAAUUGAAACAACUAACAAAACAAUAAAAGUGUACUAAUUGUAAAAAUACAUUUUUGGCUAUUGGAACCAGUUAUUUGGUUUAAAUCCGAAAUGGAGUUGAGUGAAGAUUUUAUAAAAAGAAAACAAAAUGUUUUAAUAUCUGACAAAAAUGAAGAUUCUUUAGAGCACCACGUUAACAUACAAAUUAAAUCAGAAGUUGAAGAAUGCAUGUUUGAAAGUAAUUACACAGAUGGUUCUAUAUCAGAUUGUUCGACCGAUAUUAAAAUAGAAGAACACGUGUUACAUCAUAAAAUAAGUGACCCAUUCCCUGCCAUUACCAUGCAAGAAGUUAAAACAGAAAUAAAAAAAGAACUCAUUGAAUAUAAUUUAGAAGUAAACCAUGGGUGUGGUACUAUAUUUAAAAGUAAUAAUAUGAAAAAUUUAGACUCAGAGAGAGAUGCAACAUUCCAGAUAGGAGCCUCAAAGGAGAUAGAUCAUGAAAAACCUUGUUUACCUCAGAACGAGUUUAAAACAAAAUUAGAAAGAUCGUUGGGGAAUACACGGGAAAAUUCGUACAAUUGUGAAACAUGUGUGAAGAAAUUUACAGCAUUGAAAUAUUUAAAAAGGCAUUUGAAAGUGCACCCUGGAAUGACUUACGAGUGUGAAGUCUGUUCAAAGCAAUUUAAUCAAAAUGAACAUUUGAAAAAGCAUUUAAGGAUAUGCACUGGCGACAAGCCUUACAAAUGCGAAAUUUGUUUUACGCAAUUUACGCAAGCAGGAACAAUACACACUGGAGAAAGGCCUUACAAGUGUGAAAUUUGUUCUAAGCAAUUUGAUCACAUUGGAAAUUUGGAAAAGCAUUUAAGGAUACAUACUGGAGAAAAACCUUACAAGUGCGAAAUUUGUUUUAAGCAAUUUAGUGAAGCAGGAACUUUAAAAAGGCAUUUAAGGAUACACACUGGAGAAAAGCACUACAAGUGCGAAAUUUGUUUUAAACAAUUUACUGAAGCAGGAGCUUUAAAAAGGCAUUUAAGGAUACACACUGGAGAAAGGCCUUACAAGUGUGAAAUUUGUUUUAAGCGAUUUAGUGAAGCAGGAACUUUAAAAAAGCAUUUAAGAAUACACACUGCAGAAAGUCCUUACAAGUGUGAAAUUUGUUCUAAGCAAUUUGGUCAAAUUGGACAUUUGGAAAAGCAUUUAAGGAUACAUACUGGAGAAACACCUUACAAGUGCGAACUUUGUUUUAAGCAAUUUAGUGAAGCAGGAACUUUAAAAAGGCAUUUAAGGAUACACACUGGAGAAAAGCACUACAAGUGCGAAAUUUGUUUUAAACAAUUUACUGAAGCAGGAGCUUUAAAAAAGCAUUUAAGGAUACACACUGGAGAAAGGCCUUACAAGUGUGAAAUUUGUUCUAAGCAAUUUGGUCAAAUUGGACAUUUGGAAAAGCAUUUAAGGAUACACACUGGCGAAAAGCCUUACAAGUGUGAAAUUUGUUUUAAGCGAUUUAGUGAAGCAGGAACUUUAAAAAAACAUUUAAUGAUACACACUGGAGAAAAGCCGUACAAGUGCGAAAUUUGUUUUAAACAAUUUACUGAAGCAGGAGCUUUAAAAAAGCAUUUAAGGAUACACACUGGAGAAAGGCCUUACAAGUGUGAAAUUUGUUUUAAGCGAUUUAGUGAAGCAGGAACUUUAAAAAAGCAUUUAAGAAUACACACUGCAGAAAGUCCUUACAAGUGUGAAAUUUGUUCUAAGCAAUUUACUGAAGCAGGAACUUUAAAAAAGCAUUUAAGGAUACACACUGGAGAAAAGCCUUACCAAGUGCGAAAUUUGUUCUAAGCAAUUUAGUCAAACUGGACACUUGGAAAUGCAUUUAAGAAUACACACUGGCGAAAAGCCUCAUAAGUUAGAAGUUUGUUCUAAGCAAUUUGGUGGGGAUGAAAAUUUGAAAAUACAUUUAAGGAUACACACUGGCAAACAGCCUUACAAGUCCGAAAUUUGUUUUACGCAAUUUACUCAAGCAGAAUCUUUGAAAAAGCAUUUAAUACACACUGGAUAAAAGCCUUAAGUCUGAAAAUUUUCUAAGCUAUUUAGUGAAUCAGGAAAUUUGAAACAGUAUUUAAGAAUGCACGUUGGAAAAAAGGCUAAUAAUUGUAAAAUUUAUUUAAGCAGUUUAGUGUAAGAUGUCAUUUUUUGAGAUGUCUCAAAAUACAUUUGAGAAAAUUCUUGGAAAUGUGAAAUUUAUUUUAAGCUUGUUACUAAAAAUAAUAAUUUAUCGAAGCAUUUGACAACGC